UGUGUAGGCUUCUGUUAUAUCAGUUUCUCCAUACCAGCUGUCAGCCUCUGACUCAAUACGUAACAGAAAUUCCUACUGUGGUUAAAAAUAGCAGAAGCAAUAAGGAUCAUAGAAAUGGCUGCAGUGUCAGAUUCGUAUGUACGCUUCCACAAUAUCCAUGGAACCAAUGUGAGACUGGAUGUUUCUCAGACUGAGGCGACAAGAACAGACAGCUUUGGCAAUGGGAUUUGUUUCAGUGAAGAGCCUCUGGAUCCUGAUAAAAUUUUCCUUAUAGAAAUAGCAGAGAAAGAGUUAGGGUGGUGUGGGAAUGUAAGGGUUGGUUUGACAGCACACAAUCCAAAAAACCUAGAAUCAGUUCCUGAAUAUUCUCUUCCUGAUUUAGUAAACUUGGGAAGCAGUUGGGUUUUUGCAAUAACCAGGAAUCACAAUAAGGUCUCCACUGAGGAUCAGGAAUCCAAUCCUGCUCCACUGCAAUGCUGUUCUACAGAGGCCUACUUGCAAAUUGGAAAAUGUAAAAUCCCGAAGGAUAAAUUGAUCGGAAGAAGCAGGCCAGGAAGGUACAGUCACCUCUUGGAUGAACUGUAUAAGACAAAUAUUCUUCCUGCAACUGCCAGAGGAAGCAGAGUUGGGGUCUUGUAUACCACUCACGGUAAUAUGGGAGAAAUGCACAUUGUCAUCAAUGGAGAAGACAUGGGUCCCUGUGCCAGAGGAAUCCCCAUUAACCAGCCUCUCUAUGCUGUUGUAGAUGUGUUUGCUUCCACUAAGACGGUGAGGAUUAUACAAGUGGACUAUGGUUUACCAUCCCUACAGACACUCUGUCGUCAGCUUGUUCAGAAAUGCAUAAUGCAUAGACUUGCCAUCGACUGGCUAGAUCUACCUGACCCUUUAAAGGAUUACUGCAAAUAUGAAUGAUUGUUGUUGAUAAAUGUUGUUUGGAAAAAAUAUUUGAUUUUGGCUUAUGAUGAAUGUAGUAAAUCCUUUGCUUUUAUAUUAGCGUUCAUGUUAGGAAAAUCUCUAUUUUUAUGAUUCAAAUGGUUUAAAAGUAAAGCUUUUAAAUUAGAAUAAAAUUUCCUUUAAAGAAAAGAUAUUGCAACUGGUUUAGGAAGUUGUUUUACAAAAAAUAUGAUCAAGUGCAGAUGUGCAGGAAUUACAAUUCUAAAAUGAUGUUCUAUUUUGUUGCUGGGAAUGGUGAUAAAAAUGCAUUCACACCUAUGAUUGUGAUGGCUACUUUGGUCUCAUGACUUUUGGAAAAUGCUUUGAAGUUGGAGUGUUAACCAGAGAGGCAUUAUUCAUGUAGAUCUCUCAGCUAAAAAGAGUGAAAAGAAACAUGUAAACAUGGGUUUUCUUUCUGGAACCAGUAAAACUAGUAUGAGCAUUGUUAUUUCCAUACACAUUGGAAAUAGACAAUGCUCAUUCAUUUGGGCACCACACUCAGAGGGCUAUUUUGAAAGGGAAAAAUCAAUGGUUUAAGUCUCUAUUUGGGAUUGCAUCCUGACUGUGAUAUUGCCAUGGUAUAGAUUGUAGCAAGCUACCAUGUCAUGUGGGAUUUAUCCAUGAUUUUCAUGUAGAAGCAAACAGACUCAGCUUGAAUGACUGUGAAGAGGCAACUGUGCAUCUGCCAUGAGCCAGAACAAGGGGCAUAGUGACUAUUAGGAAUCAGAGAUAUUCCUGAUCUGAAGUAAUGAAGCAGAAUUCUGAAUGGUACCCAUGUUUGAAACUGCUUGAUUUUGUUUUCUUCAUUCAUUCAUGGAAUGAGGGCGUCGCUUUCAGGCAGCAUUUAUUGCCCAUCUCAGUUGCCAGAAGGCAAUUGAGAGUCAACCACAUUGCGGUGGAUCUGGAGUUACAUGUCGACCAGACCAGUUAAGGAUGGCAGUUUCUUUCCCUAGAGGACAUUAGUGAACCAAAUGGGUUUUUCCAAUAAUCGGCAAUGGAUUCAUGAUUAUCACUAGAUCCUUACUUCCAGAUUUUUUAAGUGAAUUCUAAUGCCAUCUGCCGUGUUGGGAUUCAAAUUUAGAAUAUUGCUUUGUUCUCUGGAUUAACAGUCCAGCAAUAAUACCAUUAGCCCAUUGCCUCCUGAAUUAAAAUUAUUAAAUCUGUUCAGCAAAGUCAGUGGAAGAGAGAUUGGUAGUCACAAUCACUCACAGAGAAAAAGCUGAGAAAGUCUGACUGCCCGACUAAGAAACUGGAGAUUCAAAAUCAAUUCCAAACAACCGUGAGGUGCUGCGGUUUGGACUCAGGAAAAGUUAAGGAACCCUCAAGAUGUUGUAGAAUUUCAAGGAAUCCUUAGGUAGAAAUGAAAAUAAACCAGCAAAUAUUCUAUUGAGAUUAACAGGCUUAAAUAAUUUAUAAAGUAUUACAAUAAAUUUGUAGUUCUUGCCUUUCUGAUUCUUGUGCAAUAAAAGCUUUUAUUUAAAACAUUAAAUUUUGUGGGGGAAUUUGCAAUAAGUUACCGGAAGUUCAAAUUUCUUUUUAAAAAGUUAAUUGUCUCCCUUGAAAUCAUAUCAUCCAUGUAACUUAUUCCUUCAUUGCAACUUCCUUUCCCACCCUUCUUUUAAAAUACACAAUAACAUAUAAUCAUAUACAGAAUAUGAAAAGACAUUUUGAAAUAACAGCUUAUUUAUUCACCAAGGUUAAAAUAUUUGAUUUGGGCUCAUUUUAUGAAAAUUACCACACCUCACUAUUACUUCCGAAUAGGUAAUUUGUUCUUGCUUCACAGAUUUUAAUUGCACUUGUUUCAAUUUAACUGCCUGAUCUUUCUUGAUCAGUGGGUCAGGGAUUAUCCUUCAUCUGUAGCUCCUAAUAAAUUUUGGCAUCAUCACACUUGUUGCUCUUGGUCUCAGUCAUCACUUAGCAUCUUCAUAGUUGUGGCUGACUGUAUAACUACAAAACCUAGAAUAAUCUUAUUAUUGUGGUAUGCAAUUAGAAACCACAAGUCAAGUGAUGGUACUGAUAAUUUGAAGAACAAGAGAUUCAACUGUCUAUACAUUAUUAAAGAAUUCAGAGGGCCCAAUGCCAAUUUGUUGAAAUAACCUGUGAAAGUGCAACAAUGAAAAUGCAGCUUUUCUUAUGAACGCCACAUUAGAAAACAAGUAAUAAUGAAACUCCUGUGGAAGUAAGCAUAUGCUGAGAAUCAAGAAGAGGAACCUCAGAUUUUAUUAACUCAACUUCUGAGGAGGCCAGCAAAAUAUACAGAUUAUGUCAUUAUCUAAUUUACAACUGUCAUCUGGAACUCAAAGAUAAAACACCAUCUCAGAUUCACUCUGAUGGAGCUCAUGCAAAUGUCUUUCUUUAGUUUUGAGUAAUAUUUUAUGUGACAACCGUGUAACUGACGAGGAAGCUGAUAGAUUUGGGAUUGAAACUUCUUGGAAACUUGAUAUAUAAACACUUGCUUAUACAAAUAAGGUUUAGUUCCGAUCUUGAUUAAGCAGACAGGCAAGUGCUUUCCACUAAAGUUGUGAAACUCAGGUUGUUUCAAAGGACACAGUGUGUAUCUAUGGUGAGU